UCAGAGAGCCCGUAGUAUGGAAUGUGUCCACACACUCUAUACUAUGUAUUUUGCUGAAGUCAGAAUGGCGUUUCAGGUCCUCAUCAACUUCGAUGACAUGAAGAAUACACCAUUAAAUAUCGUGGAUUCAUCUGAAGAGUUUAAGAAGACGACCGUCAAAGAACUGAAGGAACGAUUCAGAUUUAAGAUUCCGGGAGCACCCGACCCAGGCCACUUGAAGGUGUUUUUAGGAAAUAAUCAUCUGGAAGACCAUAAAACACUUGGCUCCUAUAAAAUUCAACAUUUAUCUGUUCUUAUCUUUGUGAUGAAAAUGCCCAUUGGAAAAGGAGUGGACCUCAGAUUUAUCUUCGAGGGCAGACAACUGGAGGAGGGUCGUACACUUGGCUCUUAUGGCGUACUAAACGAAUCUACUAUUCAUACAGUUCUUCAUCUACGUGGUGGAGACCCAAGCUAUGCACCUGAAGAUGAAGAUGAAGAUGAAGGAAUGUCCAGGACUCAAUCAAUGGAAGUAUUAGCUGAAAUGCAGAAGACUGAGCCAGAAUAG